AUGUCCGGACGCACCUUAAUGCCGCUCCUCUGCCGGGGCUCAAUUGCUUCUCCGUCUCGUCAACAUUCGCUCCAAACCCUUCUAGCGUGGAGAUGUCGCGGUCCUACUAGUCGUUCCCGGUCCUUAGUGGCAUCUAUCACCCGUCGAUCGAUCUCAUCCUCCCUGCCGAAUCUACCGCUCUUCCGGGCCCUCCAGGAUCACGAUCAAUCGAAUCUGGCGGUUGUCCACAGCGCAUCUGCUCGAUCUUUCACAUACGGGAAUCUGGUUGCAGAUGUGCUGCAAGCUAAGGAACGGCUUAUACAAUCUGCCGGAGGUGGAAAACAUGGCUUGUCUGGCGAGAGGGUCGCGUUUCUGGCUGAGAAUAGCUACGACUACGUAGUGACGCUGCUCUCCAUCCUCGCUAGCGAUGCCAUUGCCCUCCCGCUGUCCCCCGCCUUCCCCGUCGGCGAACUGAAGUAUAUCAUGGAUAAUUCCCAGGCCAAGGUGCUGGUUGCGACGGAGAAAUAUGCGGGGAAAGCACAAGAACUAUUCAAGGCUGGCCUAGACCGGGAACCUAUCCUGGACAUCAAGGAGAAGAUCAAAGUGGGCGCAAGUAACACGGGUGCAGUAUCAUUGGAGGAUAUAGGAAUCGAAUCGCGCGGCGGGAUGAUGCUCUAUACAUCCGGCACCACCAACAGACCCAAAGGCGUCCUGAUACCCCAAUCCGCCCUAACAGCCCAAGCCGCCUCUCUCCUCCAAGCCUGGAACUACACGCCGCAAGACCGCCUCCUCCACCUCCUCCCUCUGCACCACAUCCACGGUACCGUAAACGCCAUCGUAACGCCCAUCCUCGCCGGCUCCUCCAUUGAAUUUAUGUUUCCCUUCAACACCGACGCCGUCUGGACGCGCCUCGCCGCUCCAUUCCUCCCCCAAUCCUCCACAUCUACAUCCAUACCCAGCAAAAUCACCUUCCUCACAGCCGUCCCCACAAUCUACAACCGCCUGCUAUCCUCCUUCCCCAACCUGCCCCCUGCAACCCAAGAAGCAGCCCGAAAGGCCAUCUCCCCCCAAAACCUCCGCCUCAACAUCUCCGGCUCCGCCGCCCUCCCCACCCCGACAAAACAAGCCUGGUCAGACCUCAGCAACGGCAACGUCCUCCUCGAACGCUACGGCAUGACAGAAGUAGGCAUGGCCAUCAGCUGCGGGCUAGACUUCGCCGACCGCGUCGACGGCAGCGUCGGCUGGCCUCUACCCUCCGUAGAAGCACGACUGGUCGACACUGAAACGAACGAGGUCAUUAGACCCGGCGAAGAGCGCGACGCUGCCACCGGCCGUGAACGCGAGGGCGAGAUCCAGCUCCGCGGUCCUACCAUCUUCAAGGAAUACUGGGCCAACGAAAAAGCCACGCGUGAGUCUUUCGUCCCUGACGAGUCAGGACCGUGGUUCAAAACCGGCGACGUAGCCGUCCGCAGAGAAGUCACCACCGCCGGCCACGGUACCAGUGGAGAAUGGGCCCAGGGCCCUAUGUACUUCAUCCAGGGCCGUCUGAGCGUCGAUAUCAUCAAGACGGGUGGAGAGAAGGUUAGUGCGUUGGAAGUCGAGAGGGAAUUGCUUUCGCUUCCCCAAAUCGCCGAAGCCGCCGUGGUAGGCCUCCCCUCGGAACAAUGGGGCCAGAAAGUCGCUGCGAUCGUGGUCCUCAGACCUGAAUAUAGAACUCGUGGAGGCGGUCGGAACGGCGAUAAGCCCUGGGGCGCAUUGGAUAUGCGUCGUGCGUUGAAGGAUCGCCUGGCGGGGUAUAAGAUGCCGCAGGAAAUGAAGGUUCUGGAGGGAGUGAUUCCGAGGAAUGCGAUGGGGAAGGUCAAUAAGAAGACGCUGGUGAAGGAGGUUUUUGGGAUUUAG